UAAAACACUCCUCCUUACUGCUCUCUCUACAUGCCAUGGUGAAGCCCUCCGAUACUGUUAUUGUCCUGGGUGACUUCAAUCUUGCGGGUGUUUCUUGGGAUCUAAUAGAUGGUAUUCUAGUACCAAAUUCCUCUCGUGAUCUCUUCAAUCAAUUUUUGAACGAUCUGUCAGAUCUUAGUCUUUACCAGAUCAACUCUGUUAGUAAUAACUUAGGUAAAUGUCUGGAUUUAGUUUUUGUGGACGAUGUUUCCAACGUCACAAUAGCCCCUAGCUAUGCUUUGAUUACCCCUGUUGAUUCUCACCACCCACCACUAGAAUUGUCCUUGAUAAAUUCACGCAACUCAUGUUGCUUUAUCAGUAAAAAAUCAAGAGCGGAGCGUUACUCAUUUAAAACAGCAGAUUAUAAUAAACUUAGGUUAGAGAUAUCGAAGAUAACUUGGCCCCAGUAUGAUGGGAAUGCUGAAGAUAGUGCCUUACAUUUUAGCAAUUCCUUACGCCACAUUUUCAGUAAAAUCAUUCCUCUUGUUAAGGAAGCUAACGUAACGUCUAACGCUCAGUGGUUUACUGGCGAAUUGAAACGCUUAAAAAAUCAAAAAUCCAAAGCAUUUAAGCUUUUUAAAAAAUCUGGCUUGUCUUCUCACUACUCCGCGUACUCCAUUCUUAGGCAUAAAUACAAUGUAUUGAACAAAAAGUGUUACAAUAAUUAUAUUAACAGGGUUCGACUCAAUAUAGUUUCUAAUCCCAAAUCGUUUUACGCAUUUGUGAACACAAAGCGUAAGACUAACGGUUAUCCCUCAACAUUGAAGUUAAAUGACUUAGUUUCCAGUGACGAAAAUAUUAUUGCCGAUAUGUUUGCUGGUUUCUUCGAGUCAAACUACUCUGCCAGUUCUACAUCUUCCCAACUAAAUUCGAAUCUAUCUAGCUACCCAUUCUUUCUGCCAUCAUUUGAUUGCAUCCGAAUUCCAUCGAUAACUGCUGCGGAUGUCCUCAUUCAUUUGAAUUGUUUGAAAAUUUCAUAUAUAGCUGGCCCAGACGCUAUACCCACAAGAUAUGUUGAGGCAAAAAAGAAGGCGCAGUUGGAAAAUGAAGUGAUUAGUAAGAAGUAG